AUGGCCUUCAACCCUGCGCAAACCCGCCUCUUCGGGGUGGACUUGUACUUGCUAGAGAAGUGGGAUGCCCAAUCACAGCUACCCGAUGAACAGCAAGGUCUUGCUAUUGUGCAGGAGUUUCUCCAGGCGGGCUAUACUGAACGAUGGGGUUAUGAUCAGAAACUCCAAGAGCGUAACCUCUUUUACGUAGCUGACUUGCCGGAGAGUGAUCAAGCUGUCCUUACCAGAGCUCGCCCCUCGGCGCACGAGCGUAGUGCUGUACCAUUCAUCUGGCUGCGCACCUGCUACGCACCAGGCACCGAUGGGGCUUGGGCAGCCCUCUGGACGAACCUCCUCUGGAGCUUGGAAGACGAGCCGCAAAAGAUCUUCAACGAUCCCAAACGCUAUGAUUUCGGCAGUGAUUGGCAACGCAUCUUCAUCCGCGUGCCGCAGCUACUCCAUCCCUGGGGCUACAGGCGCAACCUGCAGAUAUAUGAGGAGGAGAAGCAGGAGGGGUUGAAGGCGUCUCUCGAAGCUGAGAAGCUGGCCAGGGAAGAUGUCGAAGAGGCCGAUGAAUCGUGGUCCGAGGAUGGACCGUACUGGCCUGAACUCUACUCGGAUUACCAUGCCGCAUGCCAAAUAGGGUUCAUCUUCAUUGCCGAUGAAGAGACCCUGACGGCGCUAGAUCCGAAAGAGGCAAAUUUCCUAGUCGUAUGGUAUGACCCUGACGGCAACGUCGUGCGGCAAUACCGUUUGGGUGCAUACGAUGCUCAGGGUCUUGAAGCCAUGUACUGCGGGUCGCUUCCUUGCGACCAUACGGCUUGGGUGCAGGGUCUGGUCGGUGAGCAGUAUGAUGAGGACGCCCCUCUUGGUCCACCCUACGAGCUGGACGAAGGGGACGAGGCCGACUAG